AUGGCAAUUGGGCCAUUGAAAGAGCAGUACCACAGUUCCCUUGAAACUUCCUUUUUUUUAAUCCUGCCAGUAUUCGCAUUGACCUUCUUGAGCCUGCUGGCUUUGAGCCAGGCCCGCUUGGACUACACGCUGCAGUGCGCCCGCGGCGAGAUCGGCAUCCGCUGGCCCAGCUACCACAGCAACUCGGAGUACUAUGUGUGCCCCAGCAUCUACGGCAGCCAGUUGACCAUCCACUGUCCUGCCGGCGAGGUCUUCACAUUUGUGCUCCAGCAGUGCGUCUCGCCAGCCCACUACAUCCCAGCUCCUCCCAUGGAUGUCCUGCCCACCGCAGCUCCCAUCACCAUGAACGUUAUCGAUAAUGCACCACCAGUGAUCUCCGCACUGUCUCAGCCAGAGACCCCGGUGCACCAUGAGCACCAUGAGCACCAGGAGCAUCAGGAGCACCACGAACACCAUGAGGUGGAGGUCGAGGCGCACCCCAUCCCACCAACCCCGGCCCCAGAGCCACCAACCCCACCCACCGUUGCCGUUAAGCCUGUUGUGCCCGUGCCCGGCAAGAAGGUCCCUGUCCCAGUGCCCGGCAAGAAGGCCACCGUUCCAGUGCCCUCCAAGGCUGCCAUGGCGAAGAAGCCCGCCGCCGCCCCCAAGAAACCAGCUGCUCCGACUCCUUCCAAGGCCGCCAAGAAGCCGACGCCACCCAGCAAGGCCCAGAAGAAGCCAGCCACCGCCUAA